UCAAAAAUUGAAAAAUUCAAACGUUUUCUACUUUUCUAUGCCAAUGGCCAGAAUGAUGGCUUUACUCAUGACAAAUUUAAUUUGAUUUAUCAUGUCUUUACUCUAAAUUCUAGUCUUUUAAACUUUUGUAGUUUUAUUACAUUUUACUAAUUUUAUUUUGCAUUCAUACACAUUAUGAAGGUAGUCAUUCAACGUGUUUCAAGAGCCAAAAUUUCAGGCAUCUUCAAGUAGAAUCCAAUGAAUCAAAUAUUUUGGAAUCAUCAAACAAAAUGCUUUCAAAAAUAUGAAAUAAGACAUCAUCUAUCAAAUUUAUGAAAUUUUUUGUAUGAGUGCAGAUAUUCUUGAACUUUACCAAAUUGGUGGACAUGAAGUAAAUUCAAUAACUAAAGGCUUAUGUUUGUUGGUCGGUUUGCAGAAAACUGAUAAAAAAAAAGAUAUUGAUGACAUGGUGCAGAAGAUAUUAAAACUACGUCUUUUCGAUCAAGAUGAAAAAAAAUGGCAUUGCAAUGUAAUGGACAUGAGUUAUGAAAUAUUAUCAAUUAGUCAGUUUACUCUCUGCUAUAAACUUAAGGGAAACAAAUUAGAUUUUCAUAUGGCUAUGCCUGGAAAUCUUGCAAUGCAAAAUUAUCAAUAUUUUUUGGAGACUUUACGUACAAAUUACAACCCUAGCAAAAUUAAAGAUGGAGCAUUCGGGGAAAUGAUGGAAGUUGAAAUAGUGAAUGAUGGACCAGUGACUGUUCAAUUGGAAUUUCCUAAUCCUGAAAAAUGUUUGGCUGGAAAGUCUGACAAAUUGGGUGAUGUGGAUGAACUUUAGAAUAAAAAACAUUUUCUUACUUAUUUUAUAUAUAUCUAUAAAUAAUAUGUGCCUUCAUACACUAACCUAGUAAUUGUGCGUAUUAAAUAAAAUAUUGUUAAUUUGAAA